CACACCACACCGCACACCCUCUCUCUCUCCCCGCCCGCCUUCCUCCCCCCAAAUCCCCGUCCGUCGUCGUCGAUUCGAUGUAACGCUUCCCAAUUACAUCUCCGUAUGACGCGCCGUCUCUCCGUGCGUUAGGGUGUCCUCCUUCCCCAAUUCUCCAAUUCUUCCCAAUACCCCGAAUUCAGUUCGAUUUCGUCAUAUUCCAGUGGAUCUACCGCUCUCUGAAUUCCAACGUGAUUGCAGCUUUUCCUGUUUUUGAUUUGAUCGUUUCUUUCAAUUGGAGCCGGGAUUGGCGAGACUUCGGGAUCUUUGAAUAAUGCCGGGCAACUCGGACACCGAUUCCUCCCCCAAGCCCUCGAGCAGUGCUGAUUCGAGCUUCAGAGGCGAUGAGCAGAAGCCGAUUAGCGGCGCGGAGGGCUCGCAACCCUACGAUCCUGGGUCGCCCAGCAACGCCCAACAGUCAUCGGACGAGAGCGGUAGCAGCGAUGGCGUGCUCGUGGAGCUCCCUGAGAAUCCGGAUCAGGACUCCAGGAGGCCUCGACGGGAUCCCGACAGUGGCAUCCUGGUUAAUAUCGAUGGGUCGAUGCAGGAGCCCACGGAUGAAUCUGGGAGGGAGGAGACUUUCGAAGACGCUUCGGAUCAGCUGGGCAUGGCUUCCGCACGGAGUUCCGGGCUGGAGGAGUCGAUAGCGGUGAUCGAGAUUGGGGAGAGUUCGGCUGACAGAUUGGUCGCCGAUGAUCUUGCCAGGGUUCAGGCUCGACUCGAGGACACCAUGGUUGAAUGCCGGAAGUAUAAGGAAGAAAGAGAGAUUUUUGGGAAGGAAGUUGUCAGCCUUCGGCAAAGCCUUCAAGACAUCUUGGCUCGCAAUUCUUUACUUGUUGCAAACAAGGAUGAGUCAGAUAGUCAGUCUCAUCUUGAAACCAGUGGAAGCGGGGAUAGGAUAUUGUCCUCCCCCGCACCAUUGCACUCAAUGUUGGAUGAUUGUUUCAAAUUUUUAGUUGAUCUAAAAGGCAUUCUGGAUAAGAGGAUAAAUUCUGAAAGAAUAAUGCCGGAACUUUAUGCUGCUUUAAAUGCCAAAGACCAAGAAAUUGAGGAUCUCAAUGUUAAAGCCUUGAAAUCUUCUGUGUCUCAUGAUGUUGUUGUCUCUUACCUUGGUUCGCUUAGGGAGAUCUGGUCAGAGACUAAGAAAGAGUCUACUGAUGUUGUUACCAAAAGAAUACUUGAAUCCCUUGCAUCUGUGGUUGGGCAAGAACAUGUAUCUGCUGAGGAUUCUCCUGCCAAUAAUAUUUUUCUUGCUGAGAAGAAGACGUUGUUGUUAAUAGAAAAGCAUCGUCAGUUCUUAUCUGAGAUUCAGCAACUUCAACAAUGCUUAUUAGAGGUUGGGCCUGCAUUUGCAGCCACAGGGAACAAUGAGUUGGACAAUGUUUUCAGUUUCGCUCAUGAGGAGUUAUUUGAAAUGAAGAGAAAAGAGGCUUAUUUUCAAGAGAAAAUGGUUACACUUGAGGAAGAGAAUGGGAAACUUGUUGAACAGAUAGAGAGCAUGAGAGAGAAUUUAGAAUCUGCUAAUUUGGAAACAAACAAAACUAAGGCAGCACUUGAGCAGGCAGAGAACAAGCUGGUGGUAGCAAAAGAAAAGCUAAGUAUUGCGGUGACGAAGGGCAAAUCAUUGGUUCAACACCGUGACUCAUUGAAGCAGUCCUUGGCUGAAAAGACAAGUGAGUUAGAGAAAUGCAUGGAGGAGUUGCAACAGAAAUCAGAGACUUUACAAGCUACAGAAGCCAGCCUUGAGGAGUUAAAGCAUUUAUUAUCGGAGAAGAUGAGUGAACUUGAGAAGUGCUUCGAAGAAUUGCAACAGAAAACUGAUGACUUGGAGACUGUUAAAGCUAGUGUUGAGGAUAUGAAUGCAACAUGUAAUUUGGUUACUUCUCUCCAGGACUCACUUUCACAAAGGGAUAAUUAUCUUACGGAAAUAGAAGAAAUUAUGUCACAGACAGAUACACCACAGGAAGUGCUUUCAAUGGAGAUCACUGACAAAGUAAGGUGGUUUGUGAACCAAAAAAAUGUUGCAGAUAUCAUUAUCAUGGAGAAUAAAAAAAUCAGAGAUGCCAUAUCUUCUGUUGAAUUACCAGAAGAUGUUUCACCUAGAGAAUUAGAUUCUCAAAUUAAUUGGCUUGUGAAUGCAAUUACCCAUGCUAAGGACGAUAUAAUUAAGCUGCAGGAUGAAAUUAGUGGUGCCCGGCAUGCUGCAGCAUCACAUGAAUCAGAAAUGUUUGAGAUGCACAAGGAAAUUGAUCACCUGGAAUCAUCUCUUCUGGAAGAAAAGUUAGAAAAAGAGACUCUUCAUAAUGAACAUGAAGUCUUAAAACGAAAAUAUGAAGAGAAUGUUCAAAACUUGUCUAUGCUUUCUUCUGAUAAAGCUGGGUUGAUGAAAGCACUACUGGAAUUAUCUGAAACCACAUUGGAUGACCAACUUCCUGUUGAUACAAGUACAAUAAUAGAUAAAUGCAUGAUUAAGAUCAAUGAAAGGAUGAAUUCAUCUCUCACUGAGAUUAAACAUUUUGAAAGGAUGCAGAAGGCAAUAUAUGUAACAGAUCAGGAACUGAAAUUGUAUGAGAAGAUUCUUGAAGAUGAAAUGAUUGAUAGAUCUGCCAUGAUAGGGUUGUCAGAGGAGCUGGAGAAGUUGUCGAAUGAAUUGAUUGUUUUGAAAAAUGAGAAGGCCUCUGUACAGAAAGAGCUUGAGCGAGCUGAGGAAAAGUCUUCUCUGCUUAGGGAGAAGCUAUCCAUGGCUGUGAAGAAAGGGAAGGGUUUGGUGCAAGAACGUGAAGGCUUCAAACUCUCCCUGGAGGAAAAAACAUCUGAAAUUGAGAAGCUAAAGCAUGAACUGCAGCUAAAAGAUUCCACCAUUAAUAAUUACCAAGAGCAAAUCAGGUGUUCAUCAGCACACACCGAGAAGCUAGAGGAAGAUAUUGUUACCUUGAAGAAUGAAAGGGAUCAAAGCCUACAUAACUUGCAUGAGAGCAGAACCAUAUUAAACGAUUUAGUUACCUCUAUAGAAACAAUUGCUCUUCCUCCUGUUUAUGUUACUGAAGAGCCAUUGGAAAAGGUUAACUGGAUUGCUGAGCACAUCCAUGAAUCAGAACUUGAAAAGAAAAAUGCACUACAAGAACUUGAUAAACUAAAAGAGGAAGCUAAUUUGCAGGCUGGUAGGUUAGCUGAUGCCUUUGCAACUAUAAAGUCAUUAGAGGAUGACUUGUCCAAGGCAGAAAAACAUGUUUCUUUUAUUGCUGAAGAAAAGAGUGUCAUCCAACUUGACAAAGUUUCUGUUGAGCAAGAGUUGGAGAAGCUCAGAGAGGAUAGUUUUUCAAAGGGUAGUAAGUUGUCAGAGGCUUAUGCUACCAUAAAAUCACUUGAAGAUGCAUUAGCAGUGGCAGAAAGGGAUAUUGCUCAACUGAACUCUGACAGGAACCAGUUGGAAGCCAAUAGCAAACAGGAGAUAGUUGAAUUGAAUGCUAAGUUGGUUGAAUGCAAGGAAGAGUUGACAAGAACUCACAGCACUAUGGAGAACUAUUCAGCUGAGUUGAAUAGUCAACUUGGACACUUGCAUAUGUUUAUAAAGGAUGACAGUAUUUUUUCAAUGAUAGCUGAACAGUUCAACAAAAAGAUUGAAGGGUUAAGAAAAAUGGAUGAUAUUAUUCAGAAUAUUCAUGAUCACUUUGCUUCGAAGGGGAUACAUGUUCAUCCUAGCUUGGAGCAUGACCCUGCAUUUAGAAAGAUUUCUUCUUCACCAAGAUUUGAGGACUUCAAGAGCAACAGAGCUAUGCAAUUCAAGGAAAGUGUGGCUGAAAAUGUAGAUGCUUUAUACUGGACUACGAUUAUUGGAGGGCUGCACGCUCGAGCUGAGUUUCUUGGCAGCAGUUUUGAAGAUUUCUGCAAAGGUCUGGAUGAGCAUAUUGCAGGUGUAUUGGAAGCUUUGGAAGCUACUAGAAACAAAUUUGUCUAUAUUCUUGAAUAUAGCGAGUCCUUGAUGUUUGAUGUACACAAACUAGAAGCUCAUAAUGAGGCUCAACAAGCAAAACUGGUUACUUUACAAAAGGGGGUGAUGACACUUUUCUCUGCAUGUGUUGAUGCUACACGAGAACUUGUAGAAUUCAAUGAUUCAAGUGAUUCUGCCUCUACCUCAGAGAAGGAAGCUUUUACUGAUGGACUAGAGGACAUGGAUUCUGGUCAUUAUGCUAAGGCAGCUGAAGGUUUAUUACUUGCAGCCAAGAGAAUCAAGGAUCAGAUUGAAGAAUUAUCAGAUGCAAAGAAAGUCUGGUUAAAAUACGAAGAUGAUAUUAAAAACAAACUGAAAGAAGCUGAAUCAACUGCUAAAGCUGCUGUUCAAGAGCAGAUGCUCCAACAAGAAAGAGUUUCUACAUUGGAGAGGGAUCUUGAAGAAUUGAAUGAGUUAUGCAAUGAGAUGAAAAAUAAGAUAGAGACUUAUCAAGCCAAAGAGGACAGGUUGAGGGACAAAGAAGAAGAAAUUUUGUCAAUGCGGAAGGCCACAGACAGAGGAAUCAGUGGCCAAGAAUUGUCAGAAAGCCAAAUAAAUACCCUGAUGGAUAAAGUAAAUAAGUUAGAAAUUCCUUUUGAUGAGACAGAACUUGGGUCUUCUGAAGUUUGCUUCUCAAGUCCUGUAGAGAAACUCUUUUUUAUAGUUGAUAAAGUCAUUGAUAUGCAGCAGAAGAUGAAUAACUUGAAUGACGAAAAGGAUGAUAUGCAGUUGAUUCUUUCAUCCCAUGUGCGUGAAAUUGAGUAUCUGAGGGAGGCAGCUGAAACCAUGAACAUCAAUAGUCAGGAAUUGGAACUGAGGAAGAAUGAGUUAUUGGAAAUGACUGGUGGCUUGGAGAGAAUUAUAAGGAGUUUAGGGGGAUAUGAUGCACUCCAAGAUCAGAAACCUGUAAGUGUAAAACAGCUCCUGUCAAUGUUGGAGAGAUUGACAACAGCCUCAAACUUGGAAUUUGAGAAUUUAAAAUCUAGAGCACAAGAACUAGGAUCUGAAUUGCAAUCAAAAGAUACUCUUAUUGAUGACUUGUCAGAGAAGGUAAAGAUUCUUGAGAAUUCAAUUCAUGCUCAGAGUGGACAGCAGGAGAUAACAAAAGAAAGGACCUUUCUUGAAUCAACACCAGCAGCAGUUGGUUCAGAGAUAUCUGAAAUUGAAGAUGUGGGACCACUGGGAAAGAGCACAACAUCAACUGCUUCAACUGCUGCCCAAUUGAGAACAAUGCGGAAGGGGUCGAAUGACCAUCUUGUUUUAAACAUUGAUUCAGAAUCUGAUCGUUUGAUUGCUGCCCAGGAGGCAGAUGCUAAAGGUCAUGUGUUCAAAUCUUUGAAUACUUCUGGUCUAAUCCCAAAGCAAGGGAAGUUGAUUGCAGAUAGAAUUGAUGGUAUUUGGGUGUCGGGGGGUCAGAUGCUGAUGCGCCGGCCUGAAGCAAGGCUAGGGCUCAUGGCUUAUUUGUUCUUCAUGCACCUGUGGUUGCUAGGCACCAUAUUAUGACACUGCGGACAAUUAUAGAUUGCAAUCUGUAUCAUAGAAUGUAAAAUAUAUUCUCAUUAUUUUUUACAGAUGGUUUAUAUCCCAUUCAUUUACCCCCUCAAUCUACUCAAGACUUGUAUUUAAUUUCAUUUAUUAGCUAUCUUACAAAGAUGUAAGAUGAUAAGAUAUUCCAAACUUUUAUAAUCAGUGCAUCUUUCUUGAUUACAGACA